AUGCGUUUCGGCAAGACGCUGCGCGAGUCCGUCUACGCGCCAUGGAAGGACAAGUACAUCGACUACGCCAAGCUCAAGUCGCUCCUGCGCGAGGACAAGUACGAGGAUGAGGAUGUGCCCUGGACCGAGGAGGACGAGAGCCGCUUCUGCGACGAGAUCUUCAACACCCAACUCGAAAAGGUCGCCGAGUUCCAGGAGAAGACUGUGGAGGGUCUGCGGAGCGCGUCGAUGAAGCCUUUGGAGAAGCUCAAGGACAAUGAAGCAGCAACUCAGGGGCUCGAGGCCGAGCUCGACAGCAUCACCAACGAGAUUGGCGAGCUGAAGAAGUACAGCAACAUCAACUACACUGCCUUCCUCAAGAUUGUCAAGAAGCAUGACCGCAAGCGCGGGCGGCCGCUACAAGGUCCGCCCCAUGAUGCAGCUGAGCCUGUCGCGCCGGCCCUUCAACUCGGAGCAGGGCUACUCCCCGCUCCUCAACAAGCUGUCCAUCCUGUACUACGCUCUGGGCCAGCGCUCGAGGACGAAGCCGCCGACAUCCAAUUGCCCAGCGAGCUCGAGGAGCAGGGGGAGACGCACAACGGCGAGCGCUACACGGCACACAAGUUCUGGGUCCACCCCGACAACCUGCUCGAGGUCAAGACGUAUAUCCUGCGUCGCCUGCCCGCCCUCGUCUACAGCGAGCAGUCCUCCAAGGGUCUCGAUGUCGCCAACGACCCCACCAUCACCUCCCUCUACUUCGACAACAGCAAGUUUGAGCUCUACUCCAACAAGGUCGACCGCCAGGCCGAGGCCUCCUCGUUCCGCGUCCGCUGGUACGGGCAGCUGUCGUCCAAGCCCGAUUUAACCCUCGAGCAGAAGACGGUCGGCGAUCACGGUUCCAGCGAGGAGCGCCGCAUGGUCAUCAAGGAGAAGUACGUCAAGCCCUUCCUCGACGGCGAGUACAAGAUGGACAAGACGAUCCAGAAGAUGAAGCGCCAGAGCCAGGCCGCCAGUGACGUCGAAGCCUUCCGCAAGACGGUUGACGAGCUCGACAAGUUUGUCCAGGAGAAGGGCUUGCAGCCCGUUCUCCGCGCCAACUAUGUCCGCAGUGCCUUCCAGAAGCCCUCGGACGAUCGCGUGCGCAUCUCCCUCGACACCGAGCUCGCUUUUAUCCGCGAGGACACCCUCGACAGGGACCGUCCGUGCCGCGACCCCAGCCAGUGGCACCGCCUCGACAUUGACGACCGCAACCUGACGUUCCCCUUCAAGGACAUCAACCAGAGCGAGGUCUCGCGCUUCCCCUACGCCGUUCUGGAGAUCAAGCUCCGCGACCUCGGCAAGAAACGACCUGCGUGGAUCGAGGACCUCAUGGGUUCCCAUCUUGUCCACCCGGCUCCGCGCUUUUCCAAGUUUGUGCAUGGCGUUGCCUCCCUCUUUGAGGACUACGUCAACAACUUGCCCUUCUGGCUGAGCGACCUCGAGGGCGACAUCCGCAAGGAUCCCCAGAAGGCCUUUGAGGCCGAGGAGAAGCGUCGCUCCCAGCGGGCCGAGGACGAGGUUGCCGUCGGCAGCUUCCUCGGCAAGCGUGUGAGCUCGUACAAGGCGUCGCGCAGCUCGCCUGCCGGCCAGUCGUACCUCGCCGACCGCAUGGCUGCCGAAGCGAGCCUUGCGCGUUCCGUGCCGAGGGAGCCCACCGUGGAGGAGGCUGGCGAGCCCAGCGAGGGCCGGGAGCAUGGCGAAGAGCCGGAGCAGGGGCAGGAGCAGGACGGCGAUCAAAGGACCGGGUACGGUACGCUGUCCGCCGUCUUGCCCAGCUUUUCCCUGUCGCGGUACUCCCGUGCCCGCCACGAGCGCGAGAGGCCGCUGCCUGAGGGCGUCGUCGAGCCGAGCGAGUGGGUCAAGAAUACUGGCGAGCUCAAGAUCGAGCCCAAGGUGUGGCUGGCCAACGAGCGCACGUUCCUCAAGUGGCAGCACAUCUGCAUCUUGCUCGGCGGCUUGGCCGUCAGCCUGUACUCGGCCGCUGGACGCAACACUCUGGCUGAGGUCAUGGGCAUCAUGUACAUCCUCAUUGCCGUGUUUGCUGGUGGCUGGGGCUACUGGAUGAUGGGCGUCAGGCGGCGCAUGAUCAUUGAGCGCAGCGGUAAGGAUUUCGACAACGUGAUCGGGCCGCUGGUGAUCAGCGUGGCGCUGAUGAUUGCGCUGAUCCUAAACUUUGUCUUUGCGUACCGACGCGCCGUCGAGAGGUGGGACUCCGACAACGGCCGUAACGCGACCGAGUCGUUCAGCGAGGAGUUGCGAUAG